AUGUCUGGAGGUCCUCGGUUUCACAGGCUGCGGACGCAGCCCCAUGCGCCCUCGCAGCCUUCCAAGCGGCGGGAGCAUUCAACGUCCACUGCUUUGCCAUCUCGGGGUGGCGAAGGCCUUCAAGACGACUCCUUGCUGACGCUUUCCUCAGAGUCAGUGGAGCGGCACCGGUUCUUGAGCCGAAACGCCAUCUCUGCCGCCGUGGCCGAGCACGGCGAGGACCAAGAGAAGCCGCGAUGGAAGUUGCCGAAGGGCCCGUUGCCGAAGCUCGUGGACGUGCGAAAGAACGGCCCAGGCGACGUGGAGGCUGCCAAGCGCGCAGAGAAGGGUCACAAGGCCAGCGUUUCGGCCGCUAUGGUACAGGCUGCACGCAUGCAGCCAAAGCGCUUCAGGACGCCAUCGAAGACGGCAGCAGAGAAGCCUCUGUCCCAAGCCGAGUCCCGGGCUUCGCUGACAGAGGCAAAGGUUGUGCACUUCAACCAGGACCCAGUAGAGCAGAGCCAAGACUACGAGAUACUCAGUGGCGAGCGCUCCUCGGAAUCGCCUGCACGAUCCUCUCGCUCCGGGCGAUCCUCACGAGGAGGAGCUCGUUCCAUGAGCCGCCCCUCUUCAGCAGGAUGGAGCUUGGCUGAGAGUGAAACAGGCCCAGUGCUGUCGACGUUUCCGAAAGAGUGCAAGCCACCAUCGCUCUCAGCCAGAUCGAAGCGUGUGUUUAGUUCGCAUGGCUGA